CGGUAUCGGGCUUUUUCCGGUAUCGGGCUCGAUUGUGUGCAUUAGGCUCCAUUUGCUAGUGCCACUCGGGCGCAGCUCGUUCGUUGACACUCAAACCCUGUUGCCAAUUUAUUCGAUUUAUUAUUUUUUUAAACACAACUUGAUUUCUUCAGCGGCUCUCACGGAAAUAAACACCGUAUUCAGGGAUCGGACCGCGCAGGGCUGCAGUGCAGCAUUUGAAACGACCUUUAUUAAAAUCACGAAGACGGGAAGCGAUUUCCGUGGAUUUAUAAACAUGUUGUAGAUUUUGUUUAGUUGCUAGAUAACUAUCUGACUAUCCACAAGUGUAUACAUGGACUAAUCAACCGUUUCUGAUUUCCUUGCUAAGUAGCACACUAACGUUUCAUUAGGCCAGGUGGUGGUUUAGUUAACCGGCUAUUGGAGAAUAACGUCGAGUUUCUAUUUUUAUAAUCAACGGUGCUGGCUGGCCCCGAAAGAUUUAUAUAUAUAUAUAUAUUUAACGUUAUAUACGUCGGGUCGAGCGUGGGGCUAACUUGGCCUGAAGUUGAAGUCCUCCGGUUUUUUAUUUUUUAACAACCCCCCCCCCCCCCCCCCCCCCCCAUUAACGUUACCUGGUGAGAUUUCCGUUAAACGUUAGUUGUCAUUGAAUGGGGAAAAAAGCUGGCUUUAGACUUUGACACUGAUAAACUUUCACUUAGGAUGUGUGCUUCCUCAUAUGUAGCCACUACUAGCCGACGGUAAUGUGUUGUUUUUUAAACAUUUUAUUAACGCGAACUGUAGCUGUUGUUGUCUAGCUAGACAACUCAUAGCUAAUGCUGGUGGCUAGCCAUCUGCUAGCCGUGUAUUACCGGUAGAAAUAGUAAUACCCAGGGGGUUCAAACGGUUGAACUCUGGACCCCCCCGUUUUUCUGUGUUGACAUGGGAAACAUGUACGACUGAAGGACUCAACUUGUUGAUCACACAGUGUGUGUGUGUGUCUAACACACAGAUAGCUAGUAGACGGUGUUUUUUAUUUAUUUUAUGUUUUUACCACUGCUAGCUAAAUGACCACAAGGUCCUGAAACUAUAUUCGUCUUCCCCCUCGACACUUAUUUUCUACAACAUCCCUGAAAAUGUCGGCCAGGACGCCAUUGUUGGCCGUCAUUGAAAAUUCGUCAGGUGGCCAGGACACCAAGGCGGGGGGCCGUCCCAGCAUGCCGCGAUGUCGGAACUCGGUUGCCACGACGGCGGAAGAGACCCCUCACAUCGGUAACUAUCGGUUGCUGAAGACCAUUGGCAAGGGAAACUUCGCAAAAGUCAAACUGGCACGCCAUGUCCUCACUGGGAAAGAGGUGGCUGUUAAGAUUAUUGAUAAAACACAACUCAACUCUUCCAGUCUGCAGAAGCUCUUCCGAGAAGUGAGAAUCAUGAAGCUGUUGAAUCAUCCUAACAUAGUGAAGUUAUUUGAGGUGAUUGAGACGGAGAAGACAUUGUACCUGGUCAUGGAGUAUGCCAGUGGAGGGGAGGUGUUUGAUUACCUGGUCGCUCAUGGGAGGAUGAAAGAAAAGGAGGCGCGUGCCAAAUUCAGACAGAUCGUGUCAGCGGUCCAGUACUGUCACCAGAAGUGUAUUGUCCACAGAGAUCUGAAGGCUGAGAACCUACUCCUGGACUCUGACAUGAACAUCAAGAUAGCAGACUUUGGCUUCAGUAAUGAGUUUGUAAUGGGCAGUAAGCUGGACACGUUCUGCGGCUCUCCUCCCUACGCCGCCCCAGAGCUGUUCCAGGGGAAGAAGUACGACGGGCCCGAGGUGGACGUCUGGAGCCUGGGGGUCAUCCUGUACACGCUGGUCUCAGGGUCGCUGCCCUUCGACGGUCAGAACCUCAAGGAGUUGAGAGAGCGCGUGUUGAGGGGGAAGUACCGUAUUCCUUUUUACAUGUCUACAGACUGUGAAAACCUACUGAAGAAGUUCCUGAUCCUCAACCCCACCAAGAGAGGCAGCCUGGAGCAGAUAAUGAAGGAUAGGUGGAUGAAUGUGGGUCAUGAAGAGGAGGAGUUGAAACCGUACAUAGAGCCCAUGCCUGACUACAAGGACCCCAAGAGAACAGAGAUCAUGAUUCAGAUGGGGUACUCCAUGGAGGAGGUGCAGGACUCGCUGGUCAACCAGAAAUACAACGAAGUCAUGGCCACGUAUCUACUACUGGACUACACAAACCACGAGCUGGAUGAGGGUAUCAUUAAGCCCCGCCCAGGAAAUGAACUCUCGAAAAGUAGCGCCCCGUCCCCGCCCAGCAAGGUACAGCGCAGCGUAUCGUCCAACCAGAAACCCCGCAGAGCCACUGACCAGGGUUGGGUCUUCUGCCAGGGGCGUGGUCAGGGAGACAACAAGGAGGAUUCUGGGAGGAAAGGAUCUGGCAGCUCGGCCAAAGUUUUGACCAGCCCGCUGGUCUCUGACCGCAAGAAGAGUGCCACACCCUCUACCAAUAGCAUAUUGUCGGGUCGCAGCAGAAACUCUCCUCUCACUGAGAGAGCUUCGCUGGACCAGGGGGUACAGAACGGCAAGGACAGCCUGAACACCCCCGGGUCCCGAGCCUCCACCUCGUCUGCUGCUGCCAUCCUCUCCUCUUCCUCCCGUCCCCGCCAACACAAGUCCCUGUCCACCUCCAACCACCCCUGUCCGCCUCCCGGCCCUGACUUCCACGCACUGCACCACCGGCCCAGCACUCCCCACCAGAGACCACCUGGCGCGUCCCCCUCAGCCCACAAUAUCAGCAGCUCCGCGGUGACGGACCGGACCAACUUCUCCCGGGGGGUGGCCAUCCGCAGCACCUUCCACGCAGGACAGCAGAGAGGUGCCAGAGAUCAGCAGGGUUCUCCGGGGGCGCCAGUCUCCCCCUCCCUCAGCCACGGCAACAGCCAAACCAGAAGACCUGGGGCCACCGGUAUCUUCUCCAAGUUCACCUCCAAAUUCGUACGCAGAAAUCUCUCCUUCAGAUUUCUGAGAAGGAGUCCGUAUGAGGGAGAGGGUCAGGAUGAGGAAAGCAGGUCGAUGCUGAGCAGCACCGUUGACAAAUCAGAGAAGAGCGGCGUCCUAGGCUCCUCCCACAGCGGCAGCGGAGACGAGAACAAGGAUAACUCCUCCCCUGUUUCCGGUACCGCCACCCCGCCACCGAAGGACCCGUCGACCAAACCGCGUUCCCUCCGGUUCACCUGGUCCAUGAAGACCACGUCCUCUUUGGAUCCCGGGGAGAUGAUGAGAGAGAUCCGGAAGGUUCUAGAAUCCAACAGCUGUGAGUACGAGCUGCGGGAGCGCUACAUGCUGCUGUGCAUCUUCGGGAACCCUUCCCGGGACGACUUCGUCCAAUGGGAGAUGGAGGUGUGCAAGCUGCCCCGCCUCUCACUGAACGGCGUGCGCUUCAAAAGGAUCUCCGGGACGUCGAUCGCGUUUAAGAACAUCGCGUCGAAGAUCGCUAACGAGCUCAAACUGUGAGACGGAACGAUGAGCGGUUUUACACAUGUGGAUAGAGAGGAAUGGAGAGAAGAAGAGACUAAAUGAGAAGGAUGUUGUACUGGGGGAAUGGAGAGAAGAAGAGACUAAAUGAGAAGGAUGUUGUACUGGGGGAAUGGAGAGAAGAAGAGACUAAAUGAGAAGGAUGUUGUACUGGGGGAAUGGAGAGAAGAAGAGACUAAAUGAGAAGGAUGUUGUACUGGGGGAAUGGAGAGAAGAAGAGACUGAAUGAGAAGGAUGUUGUACUGGGUAGGUAGGAGGGGUUCAGUGUUUGACAAGUUAAUGGGUGGAGUGAAUGUUCUUCUGCUGGGGGUGGUUCUGUCUAGUUUUUUUUCCUCUGUUGAGGUUUGUGUUUUAGAACCUCACUGGGUUCUCUAGUUGGGGUUCUCGUCUUCUAGAUCCACUGCAUGUUGGUUCUGCCGCUAUCUCUUUUCACCUGGUGGUUGUACACACUGCCUCUCUCUCGCUGCCCCACACACACACACUGUACUGUACUGAGGGGAGGGAGUCUGAACACAUCGUCAUACCUGCUCCGAGGCUCUUCUCCUGUCGGUUCUACUUCAAUGGGUUCUAGACUGGGUUACACUCAAGAGUUCUAAAGAGAACAGAGCGGACCGACUUGAUGCUGGAAAUAAACUAACUCAACGCUGGAACGGUUCUCCUGUUCUCUGACCCAAAUGGACCCCCCCCCCCCCCCCCCCGGAAUCUGAACUGUAGAACACACCACAGGCCUUUGGUGGAAGGAUACACUUUCUGCCCGUUUGAUGUGAGGGGAGAAUGUCAAGACACUGCUCUGUUUUAAGUCUCUCACACACACCAAACUGGACCCUUAAUGACUGAUGUUUUGAAUCCAAACACACCAGGCUCUCCCCCCCCCACGUCCCUCAACACUCACUUUUCAUCAGGGGUGACAUCAUCCCCCUUUCAUCCAGUCACAGGCCAAUAGACUUGAUUCACCAUUGGACGACAACACUGUUUAUUUUCUUCAUUCUGGUUGUUGGUUUUUAAGGUCAAAAGGUUGUACACUGGAAGAAAAAGGGGGGAAUUUCCUUUCUUUAUAGAAGACAAAUGUAGUUCUCGUUGUUGUUCUAUUGUGACAAAGAAACUUGUUAAUGAUCGAUGGGGUUGUAUCACGCUUCUGUACACAGAGAACACACAGCAGCCAUCUUUCUACUCCCAUCUCUCCCCAAGGAGUAGUAUGUUCAGAUAUUCAGCCUUUUAUCAAUCAGUAUUUCAUUUUAAAAUUGAUCUCUGAACAAAUUAAUUUAGAACUUCUUGAUUUGUUUGUGUUUUUAAUCACUUUGGGUUAAAGAACGCCUCACCUGAGCCCCCCCCCCCACUGGGCAUCUUCCUGACUGGGUGAUGAAGACUACGGGGGCAUCUUCCUGACUGGGUGAUGAAGACUCGUUCACUAGGAUGAGUUGGGUUUUGAUAAUGUGAACGUGUUGCCGCUACCUUUCUGUAGGAUCAGGCCAAACGUUGUGUCACUGUGACCGACUUGACUAUUCUUGUUGUCAGCGGUGUUGAUUCUAUUUAGGAGCUCUCUCUGCCAGUGGAAAAGAGUGAGGGGGUUUGCUGAGUAAUCUCUAGCCAAAUGAUGGGGGACGAUGUACCUGAGCAAAACGCCUCAGUUCUUUGUUUAAAAAGUCGUUCUGUUAAAUCAUUGUUUUAAGGUGCCGUCUUUACUCUUGCUGUUAUGACUAUAUUUCAGUGUUGAUUUAUUUUGUUUGACAUUUUAACCAGUAUUUGGUUGGGAGAGACGGGGGAGUUGACUCCAAAUGUAUUUGUUUUUGUGCAAAAGAAAUUAUGGAAAGUAAUAAAAAGUUGGUUGCAUUUAG